CGGAAAGGCCUCUUUUUCGAUAUCUGUGCGUUUCAUCCUGCUUCGGCUGUGCUGCAGGGGGCGAAACUAUCGAUUUGACAGGGGAAGGGGAGAGAAGGGCCGACUUAACGGCCGGCUCCAAGAAGAAGAGCUGCCCUGUGCUUGACCCUCCCUGCUGCCGAUGGGGGAGCGUCAGUCAUUUUCGUGGUUCGAGUACCAGCUGCUGACCUUGUCGCUGGCGGUGUUUAUGUGUUUCUGCCUGGGCGUGCUCGAGUACGUGCUGCGGCGGUUCUCCAUCCUGCCGCUGAUGUUCACCAUGCUCACCAUACAGAGGAGGCGGAUGUACUGCUUCGAAGUCGACAUCUCUCUCACACAAGAGGGCAAACACAUCAGGCACGUAUCUUUUGGAGGGGGAGGGAAGUGCACAGCCAUGUGACACACACGUGUGUGUGUGGGCUGGUGCGAUUGAUGCAGGCAGCAGUGCAAGAUGAUGCUGCGGAUUACUUUGAUAGUGGUGCUGAGCUACGUGUGGCAGGGGUGUGUCCUCGAGUCCGUCACCAUCACCGGCGGCAGCUUCCCCACUGAGGAGUGCGAACAGGACAAAGGUCAGCUUACAUACCCCCAUUUGUGCAUUGCGCUAGAUAUAUGUGUGUGUGUGUGUGUGUGUAUCUGUGUGUGCGUGCGUCGAGCAGACUGUUUUGCGGCCACUUUGUCGUUCGACACGCUGUUUCAGCAGAGCCACAAGUCCAUCGACUGCGACAAACCUGAAGAGUACGACAGCGAGAAAUACAUCGUACGUCACCCAGCCAUACAAACCAACGCCACGGGGGAAGAACUGGUGUGUGUGUGUGUGUGUGCAGGUGGUGAAUUGUUUGUCGUUUGUGAAUCCGAAUGCCGUGCUGUGGAUGGAAAAGGCGGCCAUCGCCUACUCGCUGGGCCUGCUGCUGCUCAGGGCUUUCGAAAUACUUCUAUGGGUCUGCAGGUACGUACCCUUACACCAUCCACACACACACACACACACACACCAGGGUGUCCACGCCCUGCUCUCUCUUUCUCUGUGUUGGCUGCGCUGCGUGCAGUCGUUCGUUGGCGUGGAUGCGCAUCGUGCUGUUUGUGCUUAUCACCUACACCAUCGCCCUUAUCGUGCUCUUCUUCGCCGGCUAUAUGGCCACUUUCGUGUCCUCGUGGCUGGCCUACGUCAUGAUGUUCUCAUUCCCCGGAGUGCUCCUCUUCACACAGAGGGCCGCGCGGUGCCUCCGCGAGUUGAGACGGCAGCUCUAUGCGCAGUACCAGCAAGAGGCCACCAAGUAAGUCAGAGCACCUACCUGACCUGCAUGUGUGGAGAGAUCGAUGUGGCCGACGUUUUGUGUGGUUGGCGGGUUCAGGUCUUUGCAGUCUCAGUUUUCCCCCGAUGAGGAGAUGAUUCAGGCGCAGGACAUCGACCAGGCCUUUUCGGUCAAAUCCGUCACCCCCUCAGAGCCACAAGAAGCACCCAUUGACGACGCGACGCUUUCCCUCCCUGCGGCAUCGGCCGCCCGACACACAGUGUCUGGGUACGACACAGUCGCACUCAGUCGGACCUCCCCCGCCCCCCAUCACUCGACCCACACGCACAACCGAGUCCCUCCGCCACACGCAACGCACACACACAUCGACGACGUCCUCGAGUCCCUCGCACUUGGUGGCGGCGAUCCCGACCAGCGACCAAUGACAACCAGCAUGACCGAGGCAGAUGACCGACCCCACCCACAGCACGGUGGCGCCACAUGGACGCCGGGCGGGAGGUGGUGGGGAUGGGCCAGGAGUAGCCCCUUCCAGCAGCAGCAUCACCGGCACAGCAGAGGGAUCCCCAUCCCUUCGCUGCUGGGGUUCUUCCCGACCCGGAGAAGGGCGGGUGAGGACGGUGCGGGUGAGGACGGUGCGGAUGGUUUGGGUGAGCCGCGGUCGUCUGUCUCGGCCCCGCCGGCAGAUAUGGAGAGGGCUGCUGCAUAGUGACAAUUGGGGGGAUAUGGGGGGGAUUCCUUUGGUGGGCAGAUUCCGCUGUGUAUAGGGGUGGGUGCUUUCAACGCCUUUCGGGACAGCUUGUGGCAAUGCACUUUCUGUUUUCGUGUGGCCCCGUGGGUGGUGAACGCGCCGUAUUUUUCCUUGUCGACUCAGUCAGCCGGCCAGUGUGCGACAUGACAUCACUUGUGUGUGAAUCCUUCCACCCAUCGGAAGAUUGAGAUCGAG